AGGUGGCCAGAGGGCAGGCCAAGCCGGGCGGGCGGGCAGCGGAGUGCGCGCUGCGCCGGGGAGCCGGCCUCCAGCCAGCGCGUGAAGCGAGCCCCGGCGGAGACAGCGCGGUGCGGCGCGGCAGCCCACGGCCUGGCCAAGGUUUAUAUCAAGCGAUUAUGGAUAAAAGAGGGGUGUUGACAGAAGCUGUGAAUGGCGAUACGGUGCUUGACAUUAACAGAAUCAGUGCAAUGAAAUUCCCUCAUCGCUACACAAAAGAAGAACUUCUGGAUAUUAAAGAGCAUCCCCACUCAAAACAGAGGCCAUCAUGUCUUUCUGAAAAAUAUGACAGUGACGGAGUUUGGGAUCCUGAAAAAUGGCAUGCAUCACUGUAUCCAAAUUCUGGAAGAACUUCACCAGUGGAAGUGCUCAAGAAAGACUUGGAUUCAGAUCGGACUUUGCUCAUGCGCAGGAUAGUAGAUCCUAAGGAACGAGUAAAAGAAGAUGACUUGGAUGUGGUGCUAAGUCCACAAAGACGAAGCUUUGGAGGGGGCUGUCAUGUGACUGCAGCUGUAAGCUCACGUCGAGCAGGGAGCCCACUGGAAAAAGAAAAUGACUGUGUCCGAGUCAUUGGUGGACGUAGGAUUGGCAGUGGGAGGAUAAUCUCUGCACGGAACUUUGAUAAAGACCACCGAGGUGGUGAAAAAGACUCGCGAGAUCCAAGAGAUGCAAGGGACAGAGACCGUGACAGGGAGUACAAAGACAAGCGUUUCAGGAGAGAGUAUGGAGACAGCAAGCGUGUCUUUGGAGAGCGCCGAAGGAAUGACUCUUAUACAGAGGAAGAACCAGAAUGGUUUUCUGCUGGCCCUACAAGUCAGUCAGAAACCAUUGAACUUACUGGAUUUGAUGACAAGAUCCUAGAGGAAGAACAUAAAGGACGAAAACGGACAAGAAGGCGCACAGCUUCUCUGAAAGAAGGAGUAGAAUGCAAUGGUGGAGUAGCAGAGGAGGAAGAGCUGCAGGCGGCUGUUCCGGAGAGAUCAGCAGAUCAAGAAGACCCAAGGGAAGUGGUGCUGCCAGAACCUGCUCCAGGAGAGUUUGAUUUCAAUGAGUUCUUCAACCUGGAUAAAAGUGUUCCAGGUUUGGCUUCGAUGAUAGAAGAUGUGCUGGGGGAAGGCUCUGUGUCAGCCAGCAGGUUCAGCCGCUGGUUUUCUAAUCCUAGCCGGUCUGGAAGCCGUUCGAGUAGUCUUAGAUCUACACCCCAUGAAGAGUUGGAAAGAUUAGCAGGUCUAGAGCAAGGCAUUCUAUCCCCUGGUCAGAAUUCUGGAAACUACUUUGCUCCUAUUCCUUUGGAAGACCAUUCUGAAAACAAAGUGGACAUCUUAGAGAUGCUACAGAAAGCCAAAGUGGACUUAAAACCCCUCCUUUCAAGUCUCUCAGCCAACAAGGAGAAGCUUAGAGAGAGCACACAUUCAGGAGUUGUACUUUCAGUGGAAGAAGUAGAAGCUGGGCUGAAAGGCCUGAAAGUGGAUCAGGAGGGGAAAACAGCUACCCCCUUAAUGGCAGAGCAGAUGGAAGAGUCCCUAAAUAUGGCUGACUCCCGGCACCUUAAGGAUGGUGAUAUGUCUGCCUUCAACAAACUAGUCAGUACAAUGAAGGCAAGUGGGACUCUACCUUCACAACCAAAAGUCAAUCAAACCCUUGAAAGCCACUUAAUCCUGCCUCCUGAGAUGCCAGGCCAGACAGCCACAAAGAAUAUCUUGCAGGAAAUCCUUGGACCGCCUACUGGCAGACCUUCAUCGAAUGUCCUCAGCACCUUGAUGAGUGGCUUGGAACCUGUGUCAUCUCUCUUGGGCCAAAGGGCAACUUCUCCACCACAGCCUCCCAUCUCUCAAAUGUUUCCCACUAGGGCUGCUUCUGCUGACUAUCUGAGACAUCGCAUUCCCUCCCCAGUUGGCUUUGGGCCAGGUUCCCAGCAGUUGCUUGGUGAUCCAUUUUCAGGGAUUCAGAAGUCCAUGAGCCCAGCUGCAGCACAGAUGAGUCCUCUUGAGCUACAGCAAGCUGCACUAGAAGGGCUGUCUCUUCCACGUGACUUAACCAUGCAGAUGUCAAAUUUCUACCAGCCAGGCUUUGGCAAACUGCAAGUGGACAAAAGCAGAGAUGGUUUCCGAAACAGGCAGCAGCGCAUGGCGAAGUCUCCUGCACCGUUGGGCCACAGGGGGAAUGCCUCUCCUCCCGCCCCUGCUGCUUCCAUCACCAGCAUGUUGUCUCCUUCCUUUACUCCUACCUCAGUGAUACGCAAGAUGUAUGAAAGCAAAGACAAAAGUAAAGAUGAGCCCAGCUCUGCAAAGCUGAAAUCCAGUGAGCGAGACGAAGGUCUGAAGUCAAAUGAAGAGAGCCUACUGUCAUCUCGGUCCCUAGAGCACCCAGAUCCAGAGAAUUCAUCCUCCCUAGGUACCAAGCUAUCGUGUCUGCAGCGUUCUGCAUGUUCAACACCACUUUCUCAACCCAAUCGUUGCACCAAAGAACAAGACUACAGGCCGAAGUCCACAGGAAGGAAGACGCCUACCAUGGCUUCCCCAGUACCAGGGACUGCUUUCCUCCGCCCUGUCCACCAGGUUCCCCUAGUCCCUCAUGUGUCAAUGGUACGGCCACCUCAUCAGCUGCCCCCAGGAUUAGUCCAGAGAAUGUUGGCACAAGGCAUCCAUCCGCAGCAUCUUCCACCACUGCUGCAAGCAGCAGGUAUGAUUCCUCCUGCGGUAGACCUGACUCAUUUACAGGGAGUAUCUACCCCCAUCCUUGGCCAGCCUUGCUACCCACUACCAGCAGGUGGCCACCCUCUCUUGAACCCUCGCUCUGGGACACCAUUGCAGCUGACAAUGAUGCAACAACAGCUACAACGAUCAGGCUCAAACACACCUGGAUCUGCAGUCAGUGUACAAGCUACUCCGAAUGCGCCAUCCCGGCCUGGAUUGCCUCAUAUGCAUGCACAACUUGACCACCGUGCUCACCAGCGAAGUAGCUCCCCUGUUGGCCUAGCAAAGUGGUUUGGAUCGGAUGUCUUACAGCAGCCACUCCCUUCUAUGCCAUCCAAAGUAAUCAGCGUCGAUGAACUGGAGUAUCGGCAGUGAGGAGCCUGGGAGGAGAGCAGGAGUCAGAGCUGCUUCUGACUAGACGCGGAAGUCCUUGGGCAGCUGUCUUCAAUGUGCUUCACUGGUAUUUGUUUUGGGGCGCUUUGGUUUUAGCACUUUGUGCAAAUUUCUUUUCUUGAGUGACUAAAGCACAUGGCACUGUCCCAGCUCCAUGUCUGCCUUGAUUGAAGAAUCUACUAUAGAAUGAACAGUGAACCCUGAAGAAAUUUGGAUGCAAGAUGGUGUCAGUUUAAUUCUGGAAGCAUCUCCCUUUUUUCGUUCUGCUUUUUUGUAAAAUAUGAAUGAAGUGCUGAUAUCCUCUUGGGUAGAGGUAGCAGCUAAGGGUUCAUCACAGGAGAUUAUUUGUAUAGACCCUUGUGUACAGACCAAUGUAUAAACAUCUUUUUGUAUAUAUCCACAGGAUAGCUUUUUUUGAUCCUAUACAGCUGUACAUAAGAGUAGCUAGUAAAAAGUUAAGCUUUAGUUUGUGUGCCUCUGGUUUGGAUCUUUUCACUGUACAUGUGGGACUUGUUUAAGAUUAAAGGUGCCGCAUAUGUCAAGAGCGAGUGAACAGGGUGAAGUUGCUUUGCCUCUUGCCAUUUCAAGUCUUUCUGAACUGCUGCUUCUGUCAUCUGCAACAUGACAGUUGAAGCAGGAAAAGAGCAACUGUGUACAUCCUGCAUUUCUCCAAUCAAAGAAAUGUGUGUGAACUCAACCCCCUUGAAGUUAGGAUCUUCAGUACCUUAAGCACACAAACAGUGGGCUGCUGUAUACUGACAUUUAUAACUACCUUAAACAAAUGUAGGUACAAGAGUCCUUGUGCCUGAUUGUUCUUGCUAUAGUGUGGUGUAUCUUUAAAGCUGCCUUCCACUAGCAAAGGUCAAACAGAGCUUAUCCCAGUGGCUAACCAUUACUGGUUCUUAAACACCAGCAGCUAUAGUGAUCUCUUCUCAUUGCCCCCUGCUAUGAAAUGACAGCCUGAAAUCACAGCUGCACUCUGUCUUCAGUCCAAAACCAAACACCUUGCUGAAUUUUUCCAGCUUUGCAUGCUAUGACUAGUUUGGUGACACAGAAUAGUGUUGAGAAAUGAAAAUUGCUUUAGGUGGCUGGAAUACAUAUGGCUAUUCAUAACAGAACACUUGAAUAUUUUGUUUUAAAAAAAGAAAGUGAACUAGUUGAGUAGAAUUGUGGUCACAGGCUCCUCCCUGUAAGAUUGUUUCAUAAAUUUUUAAAAAAUGAUAACUUCCCCCAAACCCAUUCUGUAAAUAAAGUAAAUUCUGUGAG